AUGUAUUUUCUUUGUACCUUUCUUGUCCUGCUUUCCUUUGGUGAUGGUUUCCAUCCUAACUGCCCUAGAAGAUGCAGCUGUGAUUCCAAGCAAUCAGUCCAGUGCUAUAGACUCAUAGAAAUACCUUCACGAAUGCCUUCCACAAUCAAGAGAAUUUACAUCAGCCACAGUAAAAUAAAAAACCUCAAGUUAUCUAAUAUCACCAAAACACUGGCCCUGGAAGAAUUUAUUCUAUUGGCCAGUGGCACGGAGUCUGUUGAAAAUGACACCUUCAAAACUUUGAAUACAUUGAAGACUUUGGAACUCUGGAAAAAUAAACUAAGACGAAUCCCCACAGCCCUCCCAAACAGCCUUGAAGUGCUGAAACUCAAUGAUAAUUCAAUAAAUGUUUUGCAUGAAUCAGAUUUUGAAGGCUUGAAAAAGUUACAAGUACUUGAGCUACAAAACAACAUGGUCUCUACUCUCUCCUUCAGCACACUUUCCUCCCUUAUUAAUCUGCAAAAUUUGGUGUUGGAUGGCAACAAUAUGGAAUCUCUGACUGGUCCAUUUAAACUUCCUCAUUUAAAACAUCUGAGUAUAGAGAAUAAUAAGCUACAUUUCCUACCAGGAAACUUCUUUGCAUCUCUUCAAUCAUUACAGUUUCUUAGUUUAAGUGGCAAUUCACUGACUAAAGUCCCUAAUGAGCUACCAAAGUCUUUGCUGUCUUUAAAGCUGGAGAGGAACCAGCUCCAAGUAGUAAGAUUUCAGGAGAUGAAACAUCUGGAGAACCUUUCUCAUCUUUUCCUUUCUGCCAAUUCACUUUCUUCUAUUGAGGGAGCCCAAUUUCUUCCUAAUUUAACAACUCUUGAGAUAUCUCAGAAUCAACUUCAGACUUUGCCCAUCAGAUUGCCAACAAAACUACAGAAACUUGACUGUAGUAACAAUCUGAUUCAGAGAGUAACACUUCAAGACUUCCAGGACCUGAGAGACCUGAAACAUUUGUUUUUAGACAACAACAUGGUCAGCUUAUUUGAGGUGGGAGCCCUUCAGAGAUGUGUUCAACUUUCUAACCUGGCCCUGGAACAGAACCUCCUGCUGUCAAUACCUCUCAGGCUUCCAGAUACUUUAGCCAGACUAGAUCUAAAAGGAAAUGCCAUACAGGAUAUUGGUGAGCAGGAAUUAAAGAAUUUGAAGCAGCUACAGGUUCUGAAUCUUCGAAACAAUAAGAUAUCUGCAUUAGAUCUCAAAGUUCUGGAAAGUUUACCACGGCUGAGAUACCUCUACCUGGAUGGAAAUCCUUGGAACUGUACCUGUAAUCUUCUCAGGGCUAGGAAGGUCCUGAUGGCCAAGGGAAUGGAUGUGAGAGGAGGGCAGUGUGCAGCUCCAGCAGAAAGACAAGGAGAAAGCUGGAUGUCAUCAAAGAAUAUCAUGAGACACUGUGAGGGUAAUUCCUAUCUGACUGAGAAAAGCAAAGAGAUCAGAAAGAAACUUAAACCCGAGGACCACUCUAGCAUCAUAAUGAACAUGGAUGAUGACUAUUAUGAUUAUGAACUAGAUUAAGUAAGACCAAGAUGGUUUGAACAAAAACUUUUAAUGUUCUAAUCACAGCAUUUUACUAGCAAAGAUUACCAUAACAUAGAAAUGGCAGCAUCACAUACAUCCCAUCAAACAUUUUGUUCUGUGAGGAUUUUUGUUUUAAAGGGAUAAUUUUUGUUCUUUUCUUAAAGAACAGAAAAGGAAUUAUUAGAAGCUGGAUUGAGAAGUCAAAGAUUGUGAAGGAAAAGAAUCUUAACAUAGGGUUUCUUAUCUUUUAAUAUGAUAUAGCAACUCUUCAAAUUGGAUUUUGGGGAAAAAUACCAAAUGCUAACUUGAUUCCAAACAUCAGAGUUCUUAUUACACGGUGCUUUCUAUCAAUUUCUGUUGCAAUCACUUUGGGAUCAUAGGAUAAUAGAUUUAGAACAAGAAAUCUUUAAAAUUUAUCCACGUCAAAACUCUUAUAUUUAUUGAUGAGAAAACUGACAUCCAAAGAGUUUAAGCGAUUUUGCUCAUAAUCAUACAGUUAGCAAGGGGCUGAGUCAGGGCUGACACCCAGGUCCCUGGAUUUCUACUGCAAAUCUGGACAAAGAAGGUGAUUUGAAUGAGGAUCUUUAAGGUCUAUCUAUGUCUGAAUCUAUGAUCCUAUGAGUCUAUGAAGGUGGCAUUCCUAUUCAUGAAGACAUUAUAACAUUCUACCAGUUAAACUUUGUGCUUUGAAUUAGAAUAAAUAAGAAAAAAUAAGCAAAAGGAAGUCAAUGUAAUUAAGGGAGGAGUAUGCUGUCAAAUGUUUAGCAAACAGCACUCUCUAGGAGAAAAAUAUACCUAUGACACACUUUUAAGUUUAAUCUGAUUUAUUAAUAUUUUUCUGUCACUUUAUUAAGUCUAAACAAUAGUAAACCAAGCCCUGAUUUGAAGUAUUGGUGCCAUUUUCCAAGGCAUAAAUGCUCAAAUUCGAAUUUAACAAUUGGCUCUCACCAGUCCAUAUAAGCAAGGCUCCAGCUUGACACCCUUGUACCUAUGCCAUAAUUCUUAAUAGAAUUGGCUAAAGGCAUGCAAGUUCAUGUACCCAACUAGUAUUGACAGGACAUUUGUUUGUUACUGAUACCCAGAAGAAUCACUGUGAAGUUAAUUUUCAGAUGAGGAGCAAUUUUUACCCCUCUUCCUUCACUGGGGCUAGUUCAGGGAACAAUAUUCUCUAAAGGUUCAAAGAGAUCUUUCUUCACAGUGGUGAUGAGGUCAGCUAGUAAAAUUUUUUGUGUGGUAUAGAGAGCCCAAUCCAUUAUGGUUUCCUUUAUCCACAGAUCUACA